AUGAAAGAAUUGGAACAAAAUAGUUCAUAUUAUCCUUCAAAUACACCAACAAUUAAUACUGUCGAAUCAUCAAUUCCUACACAAUCUACAAAAUUUCCUUCUUCAAUGAGCUUACCUAUCUACACUUGGCAUAUCAACAUAAUUCCUGCGACGAAGUAUCGUCAAAUAUUGAUGAAAGCUCGAUUACCACCGGAUCCAAAACCUACAACAAGCAUUGUACACAAUAAUCGUGCAAAUAUUAAAAGCGCCUAA